AUGACAAUUAUCUGUGAACGUGGCACAUUCUGGAACAAUGGAGUAUGCAAGCCCUGCCCAAGGGGGUACUACCAGAGCGAGUACGGUAAAGUGUGUUGUGAAACCUGCCCGGAAGGUAACAGCACUGUCGGAUAUGGUUCGCGUUCGAGUACCGACUGUGUACCUGAUCCCAAGGAGUUGUACCCCCUUCAUCUGGGGUAUUGGGACGACGAGAAGGAAGAGAAGGCUAACGUCGAUGUGAUCCGAUGCGAAGAUGUAAAGGAGAAGGAAAACCAACCUAUAGGAGCACUCAACGUAAUAGUUUUUUUAGUGAUGCUGUUGAUACUGGGAGGGAUGUGUUUCUUUUGCUUCAACCGUUUCUUUGGACAAGGGUGCAUUCGGUUUUAAAAAAUUAAAACCAGAAAAAUCUCUUGGACAGCGUUGGAAAUUUGAUCUCAAGUUUAAUAGCCGGAUCACUCAU